AUGUGCCGCUUCCUCAUCUACUCCGGGCAGUCGCCCAUCCUGCUCUCCCACCUCAUCACCUCCCCCACCCACAGCAUCCUCACGCAGUCCUGGGACUCGCGCCUCCGCCUCGACUCCGUCCCGCACAACGGCGAUGGCUUCGGAGUCGGCUACUACACCGCGUCCACCACGACGCCGCGGCGGCGCGGAAAUGGGGGCGACAUAGUGCCCGGCGAGUCCCUCGAGCCCGUCGAUCUCGGCCCCGAGCCGUGCAUCUUCACCAGCACCAUCCCCGCGUGGAAUUGCCGGAACCUCGAACGGCUGGCGAGCAAGACCAUGUCGCCGUUGGUAUUUGCGCACGUGCGGGCGACGACGGAGGGUGCGCUGGGAGACAGUAACUGCCAUCCUUUCUGCCGGGGGGCGUUGAUGUGGAUGCACAAUGGCGGCAUUGGCGGCUGGAGGCUAGGCGUGAAGCGCAGAUUGGCAGAAGACGUGGCGGACAAGUGGUAUGAUUGCGUGGGCGGAAGUACCGAUAGCGAGUGGGCGUUUGCCCUCUUCCUCGACUCGCUGGAGCGCAUGGGCGUCGAUCCGGAUGAUGAAAAGCGGCAGCGCGACGGCUUUGGCCAUUCGGUGCUCCGCAAGGCGAUGUUGCGGACGAUUGAGCGGAUUAAUGGGUUCAUUCGCGACCUGCCGGAGGAGAAGAAGAAGGUGGCGGACACGCGGAGUCUGCUCAACUUCGCCGUCACGGAUGGCAAGUCGGUGAUUUGCACGCGAUACGUCAGCAGUAAGACGGACGAGGCUGCGUCGUUGUUCUUCAGUUCCGGGACGAGCUGGACGGAGCAGCAUCGACAGCACGGUGCAGGCCAUGACGCGAAGACGAAGAUCGGACAGGGCGAGUACAAGAUGGAGAGGCGCGACAAGGGCGCGGACAUCGUGCUCGUCGCCUCAGAGCCGUUGACCUUUGAGCGCGAUAACUGGGUUACCGUACCGACCAACAGCGUGCUGACCAUCCACAACCAGACGGUCCUCAUCCAUCCCAUUCUGGACGAGUUCUACAAUCUCUCCCCUAUAACGCCGCGAAGUCGCAACUUUGCGGCGGAGAAGGGACAGAGUACUGGUGAUGAUCUGUUGGCCAAGCAGACUGCUGGACUGGGCAUUGCCGCGGCUUGA